UUGAGGGAAGUUUGUCAUUUUGUGACGAUGCUUGCCUUACCUCUUCAGGUUGGUCCUCUUCGUUGUUGGCCAGGGGGUUUGUGUCUUUCUCGAUCAAUUGGUGACAUGGAUGUGGGCGAAUUUAUUGUUCCAAUACCAUAUGUCAAGCAAGUAAAGUUAUCAAGUACAGGGGGAAGGCUAAUAAUCGCCUCUGAUGGUGUCUGGGAUGCAUUGUCAUCAGAAAUGGCUGCAAAAUCGUGCCGUGGAUUGCCUGCCGAACUUGCUGCUCGUCUAGUGGUGAAGGAAGCGUUGAGGUCGCGUGGGCUCAAGGAUGACACGACUUGCAUAGUCGUUGAUAUAAUUCCGCCAGACAACAAUCCUCCGCCUUCCCUCCCGCCCAAGAAAUACAACAAGCUCAAAGCCUUAUUUUUCAGAAAAAAAUCUUGGAAAUCCACCAACAAAUUAGCAAAGAAGCUAUCUGCUGUGGGUAUCGUGGAGGAGUUAUUCGAAGAAGGAUGGGCAAUGCUUGCUGAAAGACUUGGAAAUGAUGAGCCGACUACACAGACGGGCAGUCUUUUUGUGUGUGCCGUGUGCCAAGCUGACCUGGCACCUAAUGAGGGAAUCUCUGUUUAUGCUGGAUCGAUAUUCUCGGUGAGCUCGAAACCAUGGCAAGGUCCUUUCCUCUGUUCCGACUGUCGGAAUAAGAAGGAUGCCAUGGAAGGGAAGAGACCAAGUGGAGUUAGAGUAGUAUAGGUUAGCUGAUCUUUGUUUAAUUGCUGCCAUUCUUUUGUUUUCCUUCUUGUUCUUGCUUAGGUGAUUAUUUUGGAUAUCGAAUGUUAAAAUCGAUAUAUUUUCUCUAAUUAAAUUCAUUGUUAAGGUAGGGAAAAACAAGUGCAUUCUUUGGCUAACAUAUUGCUCUGUCACGGAUGAAAUUGGCGGUUAGUAUUUGUAAUAAAUAAAAUAAAGAUUUCAUUCUCGUUCCAUCA